CUCUUUGUCAGACUUGUGUGACUAUACCUGAAACAUGAAGGUGGAAGCAGACCUCUCAAACACACAUGAUUCGUUUUUGUGCUGUGGAUGCAUGCAAAAACUGCAGGAGCCUGUCUUUCUCCCGUGUGGGCAUGGUUUCUGCAUGGAAUGCAAUAAAGGCCUCAGAAGUGAGACUGGAAUAAGCUGUUGCUCUCAAUGCAAAAAGGCUCCACUGAAGAGGACAAUUCAGGUCCAAAAGUCCUUAGAGGAAGAAGCCACAGUCGAUGUGACAAAGAAGAAGAGACUGAGCUCUCUAGUAAAUAGAGAUUUGGGACCUGGAGAAGUGAUGUGCGAUUUCUGCUCUGAGACAAAGUGCAAAGCGGUGAAGUCUUGCCUGAAUUGCUUGAUCUCCUACUGUGGGACCCACAUCCGGGUCCACUAUGACAUUCCCAUGUGGAGAAACCACAAGCUGAUAGAGCCUGCUGAAAACCUGAAGAUGAGAGUCUGCAGUAAACACGAGAAGCCCAUGGAGUUAUUCUGUCGGACAGACCAGACCUGUAUCUGCUACUUAUGUGAAGUGAGUGAACAUAAGACUCACGAUACUUGCUCAACGGAAGAAGAAAGGCAAACAAAGCAGGGGCUGCUGAAAGGAACACUGGAAGACAUCCAGAAAGCAGUUAAGGAGAAGCAAGUGAAGCAGGGCGCAAUGAAAGAAUCUCCAACACUAAUUAAGGUGGCUGCAAAGAGGGAACGGCAAGAAUGUGAGCAGUCUAUUAACACCUUGAAAGAUUUACUCGCUCAAUUCGAAACAAAGAUGAGUGAUCUGAUUACCGAACAAGAAACGAAAGAAAUCCAAAAGGCCAUAGGGAUUGAGAGGCAACUGCAGCAAGAGAUUGAGGAUUUGAAUAGAAGAUAUAAAGAGAUGAUAAGGCUUUCCAAGAUUGAAGACCACACUCUUUUCUUACAGAACUACAAGCCACUUUCUGUCACUUGUGGAGCUGGUGCUUUACCUUCUAAAGUUGUAUGCAGAGACUUUUCAUCUGAAGAACUAAGGAAAGAGUUGUUGGGUCUGAAAACGACUCUAGAGGACAUCAACAAGCGAGGACUGGAGGCAGUCGCUAAAACAGCAGGUGCAGCUCCAGUUAUAACACUGAGGGUGGCUCAUCCGAAGAACAUAAAGGAACUUAUAAAACGACAGCCAGUGCCAAUUUUGCCAUUCCCAUCACUUGUACAAAAUGGAGUCUUGACACAGGUGCAGAAACCCAGCUUCACCUUCGUACCUGCUUUCCCAAAGGGCGCCUGCUAAAUGGCUGAGCUGUUCUACAGCUGUCUUCUCAACAAUUUGGUCAGCCUGCUUUCUGAUUUGUAUCUUCUAAUUAAAGGUGUUAAAAUCCUUCAAGACCAAAGAGGUCAUCUUUCUCCUUACUCCAAGAUGGACUGUUAUUUUACCUGUUGAACACCAAGCAUGGGCCAAUAACUGGAAGUGGAUUCUGACACAAUCACCAGAGACUGAAACCUCCUUUAAAUUUAGGUGUUGCACACAUCUCUCCAGCUGACCAAUAAUCUUUGACUUAUGCUUUUCCCUGUGAAAUUGCAGAGGAUGAGACUAAUAGCUUAACACCGAGCUGAGGAAGACAACUGCAUGCAUUGGAGCUAAAAAAACCUACACGGUCUGACACACAAAUAUAUACCACUCCAGCCUUCAUCUUGGCUUAUCUUUACAAGAUAAUAAGAACUCUUAAUAGCCGUGAUUAACUCUGUCAGGUAAACUUCUAGAUUUAACUAAUUUGCAGAAAGAGGCCUCAAAUCAUGUCCUAACAGUCUAGCCACCUCUAACCUGUUUUGAUUUGUGGUCUUUUUAAAUUAUUUGCUCAUCUCCUUGUGCUUUAUCAAUCUCAUAUUAAAUGUGGAUAUCAUUAUUUUUAUAGUUAGGGAACCCAAUUUUGCCAUUAGCUUCUUUGAUAACAGAUCAUUUUCUAAUGGCUAUAUAUUUUCUGUGGCUUUUUCUGACACCAUCUUUAUUUUCCAAUCCCAGGCACCUCCAUUUUGAGAAUUAGUUACUGUAGUGUUGAAACAACCCUUGGAGGUGUGCAGUGCUGACGUCAUCCUCACAAUAGGCUAAAAGUUCAGCACCGGGAGCUUCCUGGUCACCUGAGUUUGCAAAUAAAUCAACAGAAAUCUCUGUGUGUUGUCGUUAGGGUUCAUUUUUAGCGUCAUAGACUCUUUUCCUGGCGUCGAUGUUGAUUUUUAGUUUAGCGAUUUGGUUUGAUGAAAUGUAGAACAGACCCUUUCUUCUGGCAUUUUUCAUGUUUCUUUUCAUGGUCACCUCCAUUAUUUUGACAGCAAACAUAAUAUAACCCACCACAGUGAAUACAAGUAAGGACAAGCAGACUGUGAGGGCACUCUAAAAUUCCAGAAGUUAAUGAGAAAUCUUGUAAAAUCAAGAAGAAGAAUGGCAAAAUCUUCAAAAGAGUAAAUAACAGCCAACAUCUCCUGUGUAGUAUUUUUGUUUGUCUCAUCUGACUUCUAGCAUUAUCUUUUAAGUUAAUACUGUAUAUAAA